AUGGCCAAAAUGCGCUCCUCAUCAUCCUCAUCCAUAACCCUCCUGAAAUCCCCCUCUGUCCUACUCGGCCUCCUGCAUCUUGUGUCGGCUCAGAGCAUUGUUCCGACAUCAUCAACCUCCCAAUUCCCUAGCUGCGCUGUCAAUUGUGCAGUCCUACUCCAGGCGCAGACUGCUUGUGUGCCCCCUUCUGUCCCCGCCACAAAUCAGAUCACAUACGAGAAUUGCUUCUGUCAAAGCAGCUUCCUACAAGCGUUGUACAGCACCCCAGACUCCAUCUGCACCGCCGAGUGCACGAGCGAGUCCGACAGGGCACUGCUGCAAACAUGGUUCACAACCUUUUGUCAACAGGUUGGUAGCGGUAUCGACCCGUUAGAGUCCACAACUUCCGCCCUCCAGCCGGGGUCUACAACUGUCGUGACCAUUACAAGCUAUUCUACACCUCCUUCGACAGCUACAAACACAGGGACGGGAAGCGCAUCUGCGUCUGCUACUUCGCACCAGUCCUGGAUCGAUGGUCAUUGGCAGUGGAUCCUGAUGCUCGGAGUUCUCAUUGUGGGUUUCGCGCUUCUCACUUGGCUUGCAAUUUGGUUCAGACGGCGACAACGUAGAAAGAUUGAGGAACGGAGAGUGGCGGCUUCGGGAUUUCCACCAGUCGACGACCGCAAAGGAGGAGCUCGUGCGGCAACUCCAGAUAUUUGGGGUCCGCAUCAGUUGAACCCGAGUCAGGGAAUGCGGACAGAAGCCGCAGCAGAAGCGCAAGGCGGAGGGAUCCGGACAGUGAUACGGAAAGACAUCAACUCGACUCGGACCACCAAAGACGGCUUCGCGAGGUCAGGGGAUCACGACGAAAGAAAGACAACCAUACAUAAGAUUAUGGUGAAAUAG